CUACCUCUACUGCCGCCGCUACCGCCACCGCUGCCGCCACCGACGACGACGACGACGACCACGACGACGACGACGCCGACGACGACGACAACGAGGACUGCGAGAGCAGAGCCACUCGGCCACGGAGAAGCCAGAAUUAAGUGUGACGUCACCGCGAGGUAUCACUCGCGAGCGCGAGUCGGCCAUUUUGUGAAUGUGUGAACAAUAUCCAGGGUAUUUGUGUGUCGAAAGCAGCGGAGCUGGCAAAUGCUAAGGAACCGAAGCAAAAGCGGAUGAUUUAGUUGCGGCGAAACGGGCUAAUCGCCGGCACUCCUGUCGUUACAUGAACUGAGCAAUUGUCAAAAACGUGUUCAAAAUCGUUGCGCAAAACCCGACGAUGGAGGAGAAGGCGUCCCUUAAAGAUCUCGACCAGUGGAUAGAACAAUUGAAUGAAUGCAAACAAUUGACAGAGAAUAAAGUGAAAAUUCUGUGUGACCAGGCUAAAGAAAUAUUAACCAAUGAGUCAAACGUGCAAGAGGUGAAAUGUCCUGUAACAGUAUGUGGAGAUGUCCAUGGGCAGUUCCAUGACUUAAUGGAACUCUUUCGAAUAGGUGGAAAAUCACCAGAUACAAACUACUUAUUUAUGGGUGACUAUGUUGACCGUGGUUAUUAUUCUGUUGAGACAGUUACUCUUCUUGUAGCAUUAAAAGUGAGAUACAAAGAAAGAAUAACCAUAUUGAGAGGUAAUCACGAGUCGAGACAAAUUACACAAGUCUAUGGAUUCUAUGAUGAAUGCCUUCGUAAAUAUGGCAAUGCCAGCGUCUGGAAGUAUUUCACAGAUUUGUUUGACUUCUUACCUCUGACUGCACUUGUAGAUGGUCAGAUUUUCUGUUUACAUGGUGGACUUUCUCCUUCUAUCGAUACAUUGGAUCAUAUUCGUGCAUUAGAUCGUCUUCAGGAAGUACCACACGAAGGACCUAUGUGUGAUCUUUUAUGGUCAGAUCCAGAUGACAGAGGAGGAUGGGGCAUUUCUCCCAGAGGAGCAGGAUAUACUUUUGGUCAAGACAUUUCAGAAACAUUUAAUCAUUCUAAUGGUUUAACACUUGUAUCACGAGCUCAUCAAUUGGUCAUGGAAGGUUAUAAUUGGUGUCACGAUCGCAAUGUUGUGACUAUAUUUUCUGCACCUAAUUACUGUUAUCGCUGUGGCAAUCAAGCUGCGAUCAUGGAAUUAGACGAUGCUUUAAAAUAUUCAUUCCUUCAGUUCGAUCCAGCACCCAGACGCGGAGAGCCACACGUCACCAGGCGAACGCCAGAUUACUUCCUGUAAGAUGUCUAAUCGGAAGGAAGUAGAUUUUAAGGUAGGAGAAUGGAGUGAUGAUGGCUUUAUAGACAUGCCACAAAACGUAACCUAUAAUAGAACAUCGGUAUGAGUGUAAGGCUCUGAGCUACCCUUACACGCCAUUUAUAGUCUCAAGUAUUAUAGAAUGGCUCACGUUAUGGUGUCUCCAUGAGAGACUAAUUGCGCGCCUGCGUAUUCACGCGUAACACACCAUAUACGUAGAUUCAACAACACUUUAAGAAGAAAAAAACCAUGUACACAAGUACCAAGUAAAUUGACCUAAAAGCAUUGAGUUUGACGAUUUUCAUUGUAUGGUUUAUAUUUUUAUUGAAGAAAACUAUUAUGGACACAAUAUUGAAAUGUAACCGUUACUGUAAAUGGAUAACAAAGAAAGCGGUAAUGUUCUAAAAUCCCGAAUGAAUGUUAACUUAUUGAGCGAUAAAGAAAAGUUUACUGGAGGGAUGCGCAUCUUUUUCCUAAUUGUAUUGCGAAGAUGACCAUUGUCACGAAGAUACGGAAUAAGUACCAAACUGAAAAUAAUUGUAUUUAAAAAAAUUUCUGUCGUUCUAACUGGUGUGAAAGGAGCGUGAAACACUUCUCUAAACAAGUGCAUAUAAUCAUUCAAAGAAGGGUUGAUGCAAUAGUGACUUUCAUCUUUUAUUUUUGCCAAUGCUUAAUGUGGCAUUUGAGAUCAAUGAACUUUACAUUUAUUAUUCUUUCUUCCUUACGAUUGUCAAACGCAGUGUUCUUAGAGCUUAUAAGUGGUUUCAACUACUAUUAUAUUAUAUGAAAGAUUUAUGACAAAGUGGAGCCCAAUGGACCAUACGUUUUCUUUAUAAUACAAAUUUAAUUUCCGUACACUUAAAAAUGUGAAAAAAUGUCUGAAUUUAU